CGCGGUGGCAGCAGCCAAGGCGAAAGAGGAAACUGCCGAAGAGGAAGCUCUGCGGCAGCCCGAGCCUCCCUGCGCUCCGCAUCCUCCUGCUCCGCAUCCCCGCGCCCGGCAUCCCCCGGCUCCCGCGCCGCGCCUCCGGCGCCCCUUCCCCAGCUCAACCCCCGGCCGCCCUACAGCACUAGUCUGCCAUGGCCCGGGAGAAUGGCGAGAGCAGCUCCUCCUGGAAAAAGCAAGCGGAAGACAUCAAGAAGAUCUUCGAGUUCAAGGAGACCCUCGGAACUGGGGCCUUUUCUGAAGUUGUUUUAGCUGAAGAGAAAGCGACUGGGAAGCUCUUUGCAGUAAAGUGCAUCCCGAAGAAGGCGCUGAAGGGCAAGGAGAGCAGCAUCGAGAAUGAGAUUGCUGUGCUCAGAAAGAUUAAACAUGAAAACAUCGUUGCCUUGGAAGAUAUUUAUGAAAGCCCGAACCACCUCUACCUGGUCAUGCAACUUGUGUCUGGUGGAGAACUCUUUGAUCGGAUAGUGGAGAAGGGGUUUUACACUGAGAAAGAUGCCAGCACUCUCAUCCGCCAGGUCCUGGAUGCUGUGUACUAUCUUCACAGAAUGGGCAUCGUCCACAGGGACCUCAAGCCGGAAAAUCUCUUGUACUACAGUCAAGACGAGGAGUCCAAAAUAAUGAUCAGUGAUUUUGGAUUGUCAAAAAUGGAGGGCAAAGGAGACGUGAUGUCCACAGCCUGCGGGACCCCAGGCUAUGUUGCUCCGGAAGUUCUCGCCCAGAAACCAUACAGCAAAGCUGUCGACUGCUGGUCCAUCGGGGUGAUCGCCUAUAUCUUGCUCUGUGGUUACCCUCCUUUUUAUGAUGAAAAUGACUCCAAGCUGUUUGAACAGAUCCUCAAGGCAGAAUAUGAGUUUGAUUCCCCCUACUGGGAUGAUAUCUCCGACUCUGGUGGGAUCGCUGGUGACACAGCCCUCAGCAAAAACAUUCACGAAUCCGUCAGUGCCCAGAUCCGGAAGAAUUUUGCAAAGAGCAAAUGGAGACAAGCGUUUAAUGCCACGGCCGUCGUGAGACACAUGCGGAGGCUACAGCUCGGCAGCAGCCUGGACAGUUCAAAUGCAAGUGUCUCAAGCAACCUCAGUUUGGCCAGCCAAAAAGAUUGUCUGGCACCUUCCACGCUCUGUAGUUUCCUUUCUUCUUCGUCGGGGGUCGCAGGAGUCGGAGCUGAGAGGAGACCCAGGCCCACCACUGUGACAACAGGGCACACAGGAAGCAAGUGACCCGGCUCUGGAGGUGGAACCCAGGGGGCGGGGCCGGAGAAGGAGAAGCCCCUGGUCGGAGCAGCUCCAGCAUCAGAAACCCCACCCAUCCUGCAUGGUGCGCCUGCAUAGGACUGGAAGACAGAAGUUUUUUUAUGGCCAUAUUUUAUACUGCAACUCUGAUGUGUUCAUUUCUCACAAACUGUACUGACUGACUCAAGGGGAGCUGACGUCACAGGAUCUGGUGCUGUAUAUACGAAUCUUGCAAAGCUCUAACUGAAUGGACCUUCUUGCUCCCCUCCCCCAACUCUACCACUCCGCUCUCUCAGUGUAGGCAGCCGUCUAGGGUGUAUUUUUUUCAUGAAA